GGCGGUGUUACAGACUGGGCCUACUUCUGGAGGCACAAGCCCGGUCUGUUGCAUCGGAGCCCCAUCAUUUUGGGGGUCGGUGGGCCUGACUGGCUGACCCUGUGGAUGUGCUGAAACUCCCGAGGUCUGUCGUGUGUUUUUCCUGCACCCCUCCUACUCCCGCAGUAUACCCGAGUCAGGAUUGCUUUCCUACUGCGAAUUCUCAUCACUCGUCCAGUGUUGCUUCUUGGCUGUCUCCGCAGUCCCAGCGCUCCUUGUAGGGCUCGGGAUGCUCAGUGUCAUUGCUUCAGACUACUUGGUCGUAGCAUCCAGGGGUUCCGGAUCCUCCACCCCCCUCCCCUCCUACUAGGAGAGCCUUGGUUCUAGACUUGGCGCGGCCACUGCCUAAGUAUCUUCCGACCGUCUAGAACCUCAGUUGGACUUUUGUGAAAAUAAAGCGAUUUAAGGGCCCUUUCAGCCCCUAAUCCCGAGGAACUACUUUGGAUCCGUGCUGUACUUCAGGAUUUGGGGGAAGAAGCCAGGAAAGUGCAGUUACAGAGGCUCCUGGAGGAAGAGUUGAUGGUUGAGGGACAAAGUUAGGUGGCAUUAAAUUUUUGCAGUUUUAUUUUAAGUGUGAUCAGUUGAGUGUCAGUCAAACAGCCAUACUUUUUGCUCCUUGUAUUCCCUUCUUUCUGUAAAUGCCCAAACUCUAGAAGGGGAUGGGUCCAGGUCUUGGAGGUAAAAGGAUUGGGGGCAGUAGGGCUGACCUAGGGAGCUGCCACCAUGCAUCUGCCUUUGGUGCUUGCCCUUGCAGGCAGGGCUCCGUGCCUCCUCCCUAUGCCACCCCUCCUCCCAUGAUGCCCCUGUCCCGCUGGCUGAGAUAUGUGGGGGUCUUCUUGCAAGCAGCCCCCUGCUGGGUGCUCCGGGAAAGGUGGCUGGGUCCCCUACUGCGGCCCUCCCUGGUGCACCAGGGCUCAGUCCUGGGGGCAUGGCACAGUGCCCGCUGCUGGUGCCAAGCAUGGACAGAGGAGCCUCGAGUACUUCAUUCCUCCUUCAGAAUGAAUGGAGACCAGAACUUGUAUGACCAAAAAAGGCAGAGCUUCAUCCAGCACUUCCCUGAGAUCGUCAGGGUACUGACUGAGGAUGACAUGGGGCACCCAGAAAUAGGAGAUGCUAUUGCCCGUCUCAAGGAGGUCCUGGAGUACAACCUCAUUGGAGGCAAGUACAAUCGGGGCAUGACCGUGCUGAUAACCUUCCAGGAUCUGGUGGAACCAAGAAAGCUGGAUGCUGACAGUCUGCAGCAGGCCAUGACUGUGGGCUGGUGUGUGGAACUGCUCCAGGCUUUCUUCCUGGUGGUAGAUGACAUUAUGGAUUCAUCCCUCACCCGACGGGGGAAGAUCUGCUGGUAUCAGAAGCCAGGCAUCGGUUUGGACGCCAUCAAUGAUGCAAUUCUUCUGAAAGAGUGUGUCUACCGACUGCUGAAGCUCUACUGCCGGGAGCAGCCCUUUUACCUGAACCUUAUCGAGCUCUUCCUGCAGAGUUCCUAUCAUACUGAGAUUGGACAGAGCCUGGACCUCAUCACCACCCCGCAAGGCAGCGUGGACCUUGGCCAAUACACUGAAAAGAGGCUCAAAUCUAUCGCCAAGUAUAAGACUGCUUUCUACUCUUUCUACCUUCCUGUAGCUGCUGCCAUGUAUAUGGCGGGCAUUGACGGGGAGAAGGAACAUGCCAAUGCGAAGAAGAUCCUGCUGGAGAUGGGGGAGUUCUUUCAGGCUCAGGAUGAUUACCUUGACGUCUUUGGGGACUCCAGUGUAACAGGCAAGAUUGGCACCGAUAUCCAGGACGGUAAAUGCACCUGGCUCGUGAUUCAGUGUCUGCAACGGGCCUCUCCAGAACAACGCCAGAUCUUGCAGGAGAAUUACGGAGAGAAGGAGGCUGAGAAGGUGGCCCUGGUGAAGGCGCUGUACGAGGAGCUGAAUCUGCAGGCCGUGUUCGAGCAAUAUGAAGAAGACAGUUACAGCCACCUUAUGGGUCUCAUUGAGCAACACUCACCACCCCUGCCCCCAGCCAUCUUCCUGAGGCUGGUGCACAAGAUCUACAAGCGGAAAAAGUGACCCUAGAGACUACCAGGGCAGGGAGGGCAAGUUCUCAAUAAAUUACAGUAAAACCUCUCAACGCCAUCUGUAGGUGCUGGAUAUUGCAACAAAAGUUUGCCAUAGGCUAAUUUAUACGGACAAGAGUUAAGUUUCUGGUUCCCGUGGCCUAUUUCUGGUUACAAAAAUGUCACCCAACACUUAUGAUAUUAAACACUGAAAUAAAUGUGAGCCACAUACAUUUAAGGAAUGAAUAAAAGCAGGAGAUUAUU